UAUAAAGGCACAAGUCGUUUCGUCUCUUUCCACCUUCAGCCAUUUUGACAAUGUUAGGAGCUGUUGGACGCUGCUGCACCGGGGCUCUCCAGGCACUUAAGCCUGGGGUCCAGCCCCUGAAGGCCCUCGUUGGCUCUCCAUCUGUCCUUGGACGUAGAGACUACGUUGCACCUGCUGCUGCUGCCGCCUUCGCCCAUGGAAGGAUCGUAGCGGUCAUCGGUGCCGUCGUCGACGUCCAGUUUGAUGAGGGCCUCCCACCCAUCCUCAAUGCACUGGAAGUUGCUGGUCGUGAGUCCAGGCUAGUGCUGGAGGUGGCACAACAUCUUGGUGAGAACACUGUGCGUACCAUUGCCAUGGAUGGUACAGAAGGUCUUGUCCGUGGACAGAAGGUUGUGGACACUGGCGAUCCCAUCAGAAUCCCAGUUGGUCCUGAGACCCUGGGCAGAAUCAUGAACGUCAUUGGGGAGCCCAUUGACGAGAGGGGACCCAUCUCCACUAAGCAGACAGCAGCCAUCCAUGCUGAGGCCCCGGAGUUCACUGACAUGAGUGUGGAGCAGGAGAUCCUGGUAACUGGCAUCAAGGUGGUAGAUCUGCUGGCUCCCUAUGCCAAGGGAGGCAAAAUUGGUCUGUUUGGUGGUGCUGGUGUGGGCAAGACUGUGUUGAUCAUGGAGCUGAUUAACAACGUGGCCAAGGCCCAUGGUGGUUACUCUGUGUUUGCCGGCGUGGGAGAGCGUACCCGCGAGGGAAAUGACUUGUACCAUGAGAUGAUUGAGUCGGGUGUCAUCAACCUGAAGGACGACACCUCCAAGGUAGCACUGGUGUAUGGACAAAUGAACGAGCCCCCAGGCGCCCGUGCCCGUGUGGCUCUGACUGGUCUGACCGUGGCUGAGUAUUUCCGUGACCAGGAGGGUCAGGAUGUGCUGCUCUUCAUCGACAACAUCUUCCGCUUCACCCAGGCUGGCUCUGAGGUGUCUGCUCUGCUGGGUCGAAUCCCCUCCGCUGUGGGUUACCAGCCCACCCUUGCCACUGACAUGGGUACCAUGCAGGAGAGAAUCACCACCACCAAGAAGGGUUCCAUCACCUCUGUGCAGGCAAUCUAUGUGCCAGCUGAUGAUUUGACUGAUCCUGCCCCUGCCACCACCUUCGCUCACUUGGAUGCCACCACUGUGUUGUCCCGUGCCAUCGCUGAGCUGGGUAUCUACCCCGCUGUGGAUCCCCUGGAUUCCACCUCCCGUAUCAUGGACCCCAACAUUGUCGGCGCCGAGCACUAUGACGUUGCUCGUGGUGUGCAGAAGAUCCUCCAGGACUACAAGUCCCUGCAGGAUAUCAUUGCCAUCCUGGGUAUGGAUGAGUUGUCUGAGGAGGACAAGCUGAUUGUGUCUCGUGCCCGCAAGAUCCAGCGUUUCCUGUCCCAGCCUUUCCAGGUGGCAGAGGUCUUCACUGGUCACGCUGGCAAGCUGGUGCCACUCAAAGAGACCAUCAGUGGCUUCCAGAGCAUUCUAAAUGGUGAGUACGAUGCCCUGCCCGAGCAGGCUUUCUACAUGGUCGGGCCCAUUGAGGAGGUGGUUGAGAAGGCUGCACAGAUGGCUAAGGAUCUCGCAUAAGUUCAUCUAACUGAGGGGAGGAGGGAGAAAAGCAUAAACACAGGGUUGUGUAGAAGGCGCACUUAAUUUGUAAGAAUGUAACAAAUAUCUGUAUUGUCAUCCAAAAAAGUUAUUUAAUGUUUCCAAUGAAAGAUGGAAUAAAGAUCUGUCUUGACAAUUUGGUUUGGUCUCGACUGUAUUUUGUAGCAUUUUUAAAUGUUGCAAUGUUAUUCUGGUCUGGGUGCUGUCAGACUGGUUGUAAAAUGUCAUCCUACAGCACUGUUCCACUAGAUGGCGUUCAAAGGCUUUGUACAAUGCUUGAGUGAAUAAAAUGGUUGUUAAAGUUGA